CGGGCAGAUGCGGCGGAUCGCGGGGCGGCUGUGGCCCGUGGCGGGCUCCCGUCCCCCCGCCGGCCCCAUGGACGGCAGCGGGGGCAGCAGCAGCAGCCGCGCGUAGCUCGUGUCUGCAAACCUUGGGACGGCAAAGUGUCUUGCAAAGGAGGUGGAGAAGUAUAACCAGGAUUCCUUGUGAUGUCUUAACUUCCUUUGGACUUCUUAGAGCCUCACCCAGCAUUCUAAUUCCAUCCCUCACGGCAGGUGAAGGAAGGCAUGCCCCAAACACUGAGUUCUACCAGUAUGUUUACCCCAUGUGGCUUCAGCCCUCAUCUACAUACUUCAAAAGAAGGCGAACAAGGAGGACUGAUCUUCCAGGAUGGAAACCUUACCUCAGCAUCUCUGGAUGCUCUAAUCCAGCAUCUAAUACCUACCACUGAUUACUACCCUGAAAAAGCCUAUAUCUUUACAUUCCUGCUGAGUUCCAGACUCUUCAUUGAACCCCAUGAGCUUUUGUCCCGGGUUUGUCACAAGUGCAUCGAGCAGCAGCGGCUGGAUGACCCCGUGCUGGACAAGGCUCGAAUCAGAAAAUUUGGACCCAAAAUCUUACAGUUGCUGACAGAGUGGACAGAGACAUUCCCGUAUGACUUUCAGGAAGAGCGGAUGAUUGGCCAUCUCAAAGACAUGAUUCACAGGAUAGCCCCAUGUGAUGAGGCUUACUGGAAAAAGAUGAAUCAGCUUUUGCAAGCCCUGAAUCAGAAGCUUGCAACCCUCAGCCAUGGGCAAGAAGGGAUUGUCAAGAUCAGUACUGCUGUCUCUGAUAAGCUGGUUGCCUUUAAAACUAAACCUCCAUCAAUUCAGAGAGAAAUCCUGAGUGUCUGCAGUGACCCUUACACCCUGGCUCAGCAGCUGACACAUGUGGAGCUGGAAAGACUAAGUCACAUUGGACCUGAGGAGUUUGUGCAGGCAUUUGUCCAUAAGGACCCUCUGGAUGGCACCAAGACUUGUUUCAGUGAGCAGAAGAAGACAAGUAACCUUGAGGCCUAUGUGAAAUGGUUCAAUAGACUCUGCUACCUGGUAGCAACAGAAAUUUGCAUGCCUGCAAAAAAGAAACAGCGAGCACAAGUCAUUGAAUUCUUCAUCGACGUUGCCCGAGAGUGCUUUAACAUAGGGAAUUUUAAUUCACUGAUGGCAAUCAUUUCUGGAAUGAAUAUGAGUCCAGUUUCCAGGCUAAAGAAGACUUGGUCAAAAGUGAAAACAGCCAAAUUUUUCAUUCUGGAGCACCAGAUGGACCCUACUGGAAACUUCUACAACUACCGGACAGCGCUGCGGGGAGCUGCCCACAGGUCCCUCACUGCUCACAGCAACAGGGAGAAGAUUGUGAUCCCCUUCUUCAGCCUAUUGAUCAAAGACAUUUAUUUUUUGAAUGAGGGAUGUGCUAAUCGCCUUCCAAAUGGACACGUCAACUUUGAAAAAUUCCUGGAACUGGCUAAGCAAGUAGGAGAGUUUAUAACAUGGAAACAAGUGGAGUGUCCAUUCGAGCAAGACCCUAACAUCAUCCACUACUUGCACACUGCUCCCAUUUUUACUGAAGAUGGUUUGUAUCUGGCUUCCUAUGAAAGUGAAAGUCCAGAGAACCAAACAGAAAAAGACAGGUGGAAAUCCUUAAGAUCCACUAUUUUAGGAAAGACUUGAAGAUUGAGAGAUUAUUGCAGUAGGUCAAGGAAAAGAAAUCCGCAAACAUUUUGCACUACUGAUUCCAAAGAUGCCUGUUUGGGAUUUAGACAAUUUCUUUCGUUUGAGUUUUUUUGUUGGGUUUUUUUUUGACUGCCUAACAUGAUGGGUGAACUGGAUUCAUCCACUGAAAUCAACAGAACUGUGUGCACAAUGAUGCUUUUCUAACUAUGAGAUAGAGAGAGGAAGAACAAACAGACUAUUUGUGGCUGUGCCCAAACUGCAUCAGGAUCACUGUAAUUUUGCCUCUGAAGGAAAAUGUAAGAAAACCAGGAGCAGGGAGAAUCAUGGUACUGCAACAGAGAAUGGAGAAGUAUAAAAAAGGAAAGCAAAAAUACCCAAGAGUAUUUCAGAAGCAGGUGCUUCAGACAGCAGUUCUUUAAACCUUUGAGGAUUGUAAAAUUAAAUCAAAGACAGACAACAGCAAUCUGGUUAAUUGCUGAUUGAAGAAAAAAAAGAACUUCACCUUGCAUCAGCAGUCCCCCAGCCUUGUUGAACAAAGCACUGACUGCUGCAGGUUGGAGCUUGCAGGGAUGAGGACUGACACUGCUCACACACACGUCUGUCACAUAUAGGCCAUGUCAGCAUGGGAACAUUGUCCCGACCCCAUGAAUUUUUACAGAACAGCCUAAAGUGUGACUCUUGCUUAGUUCAUCUUCCCACCACUGUUGUUGCUUUCCUUACUGUGAAUCUGGGCCGGUCUAAGGAGGGUACAAAGGGUCGAUGGUGCUGCUUGAAGACACUCCCACCACUUCUGAGGUUGAAUGAAGAAGCAAAUGACUCUGGACUCAACUUACCUCUAUUUAAUGUAUGUAGUGUAUUCCCUAAAUUUAUUGAUGCUGAGUUGCAUCUUUUAAGGGGUUUUAUCACACUCAAAGAAAAAAGGUACAGCAUUACCAUUUCUAUGGGGUUCCAAUUAACACAGUACUCUUUAUUUUGUAACAUGAUAUUUAGGAGGAUGGGGGUUAAUUGCUCUGAACUUGGGAACUACAUGGUAUGCUUUAAGAAGACAGAGGGUUUCAGACUGGAAUGAAUGCACUAAAGAAUUUGUCAUUCAUGAGCAGAUAACCAUUUUUGUCUUUUUUACUUUUAGGAUGUAAAGUUCACAGUUUCCUUACAGAUAACAUGAAAUAGGGACAAUGUCUUGUGUUUAAAGUUGUACAAUAAUCAAGGUGCUACUGUAAUAGAUACAUUAAAUGAUAAUGAACUAUAUUAGAUUAAAAACUAAGCCCUAACAGUAGACUUAUUGUUUGUGUGUGGAAGGAAUGUUCCUAACUGCCCCAGAAAAUAUCUCAAAAAGCUUAAAUGAAACCUCAAUGCCACAUCAUACUGAACUUUGCAUUUUUAUUACUGACUUGGUGCUACCUUUUCAGAUGUUCCAAUCCUUGUCUCCCUACAACAGAAGGAUGUAACCCUUUCUUUGAAAUCAGAAAUAAUUUUAUUUCAGCACAGAGAGAUUCCAAGUGGCUGUGGUGUUUUGAAAAAUUAGGGCAAUCACAAAACCUGGCUGUGUUGGCCUAUUCACCCAGAAAACUGGAACUGUUCCUGCCCUCUGCCAGGCUCCAAGUUGUCCAUGGCUGAGUGCACUGUUGACCUGGGGGCAUGGGCAGGCUGGUGUUUGAGGGCAGCAGCCUGGGAAUGCUCUGUGUGGUGCACUCCAGGUUGGAUGUGUCUGCAGAGCAGUUCUGUGCUGGGCUGUGGCCUGUGGGAGCCCAGCCUGGCUCGCUGACUCCACUUGUGCUUGCUGAGCUGAGCAGGAUGGAUUCCUCUGGAUUUGCAAACAGGGCUUGAGGCAGAACUUCAGGUCUCCUUUUCCUGUAGAUCAGCACAUGAAUUCAGAUGGGGGGGACAUAAAACUCUAAUGUGUUUAUUCCAGCUUUGUAUGGAAGAACUAAGGAUGUAAGGAUGGUACAGCAUCAUUGCAGCCAUGGAAUGAUGACUGUUCUGCUGAUACUGUGAAUCUGCUGUUUGUUAAUUUUUGUACAUGGAGCUGAGAGCUAUACAGAGGAACUAUACACAUAUAGCUGUUCCUUCAGGCAGAACCAUUUCCAAAAUGAAGCCAUUAAAAGCCUGUUAAAUUUCAGAUGAAUCCAGAACAAUAACCAUAAAUGUUUCUACAACAAUGCUAAUGUUUAAAUGUGUUUCCUAAAUGAUCAUUUUUUCUUACUAUCUGCAUGUUUUUAACAGGCACAGUGUGACUUCACAGUGGAAAUAUGGGGGUUUUGCUUAUCUGAAACCCAGAGCAGGUGGAUGGGCCCUUUCUUAAAACCUGCCUUUUAAAAUUUAAAUCUUCACUCCUUUUCUAAUGAGCCACAAGAGGUUGGUACAGAUGAGAUUAAAAACAAUGACAAUUAAUUAAAAUAUGAUUUCUCAUUAUAAUUCCUUAUAUUUUGGGUCACCUUCCAUGAAUUUGGGCAGUUUUGCAAAUACAAGCUAAAUUAGAUCUCCUAAAGUUUAUCACUGUUGCAAACUACAUCACUUUUGUAGUCCAAAACUUUCAGACUUCAGUGCUUAAAUGGAAGCAUAAAGGUCAGAUCUAGGUGGGUAUUAAGGGCUUAGUGGGACUGUCAGAAGCACUAAAUUACUCUUAAGCCUUUAUGUAGUCACACAUUUAAAAGGUCUUUUUUCAGAGGUGCUAAACAUCCUCAUCUCUUGGGGAGUAGUGGAGCAAUUAUUGCUUUAUAGAGGUGCAUGGCACAUUAAUCUGUAGUGUUUGAUCUCCAGAGACAUUCACUGCUCUUUGCAAAAUGACUUGGAGAUGAGAGUGCAAAACAACUUAAAAUGGGAAGACAGUGCUUUUCAAAAAUGGACUUCAGGAGACACAGCUUGUCUUCACAGAAUUUUGUAGCUGAAUCCUAUUUAAACAGAAACAAUGUAAGCCUUAAGUUGCAGCUGUCAGUUGCAUUUCUAAUCGAUCUGUGGCCUAACCAGGGUGAACAGCUCCCGGCAGGAGUGGGGUUAGAGCCUUGCUUCACCAACAAGCACCAGUACAGCUGAAAACAAAGAAUGACAACUUGGGCAAUAAAUUUCUUCUAAAAAUGUAUUAAUAUUAAAUGAAAAUGAGAACACAUAAUCUAUUUUUGUUGCUAUAAAGGCAUAAAGAACUCCUGCCAUGUUGAAAUGAAAGGAUUGCUUCCCACCAAGCACUAAACCACUGUAAGGUGUGCAGUCAUUAGAGCAACAUCUAGACAAGUUACUUGUAGUAAUGUGGCUUUCUAAUUCUGCUUCUUUGAGUAGAUUCACUCCCUGGCAUUUGCUUGAACUAAUGCUACACAGAGAGCAGAACAAAGCUAGACCUGUAGGUCUGCGCUGUUGGUAUCAAACCCCUAAGCUGGUAAGAUGUGAAUAUGACAUAGUCUUGCAAAAGCAUUAACUUAGCUUCUGGUAUACAGCAGUAUUUUAAAAGACCCAAAUACAUGAAAUCACUUCUGCACCUCCUCCAGUGUAAUCAGAACGGCAGCAAAAGUCCCAUUUUUCCAUUUCUUGAGUGUGCCAUCUUGCAAUGCAGGGAUAGGUAUAAAGCUUAGUGGAAAGCAAGGAGGGAAUUGUGUGCCUUCAGCUUGUGUGAAGUCAGUAGAUAAACUUGCUCAAUGCCUUUUGAAAGACACUUAAUUGUACAGUGUUGCCCUCAUUUCACAUCCCCAUUGAUCACAUUACCAAAUUAAAGGUGCAUGGAUAUAGGGCAGCUUGGCACAACUAAAUUUUCAGGGCAGAAGCUCAAAAUGAGUCAAGCAUCCUGUGCACCAGAGUACUCUGAUUAAACUGUCAUUGUUCCCUCUCUUAGGCAAUGAACACAAUCCUGUUGUACAUCUCUGGAAGCUCCCCAAGUGGAUAGAGCAAACUGCAAUCCCAGCUUCUGCUGAGGUGUCACUUUAAAAAAAGUGUGGACAUCUGCUAAAGCACUUCAAAUAAGAAACAAUUUAAAUGUAGAGAUAUUUUUCUGAGCUCAAAAACAUUUUAUGAUGUGGUCAGUGGUGAUAAGAUAAUCGCUCACUUAAAAUUAAGCCUGUCUCUUCCUGAUAUCUCAGUUAUUUCAUCAUCUUUUAUUGCAAUAGUAUAAUGCACCUUUUUUAAAGCACAUGAGCACUGUUUUGCACAUGACUGUAAAUCCAGUUUAGAACAGAGCUCAGAUCACUGAAUAUGUAAUUGGAAUUAUCAAAUGAAAAGACAUGUUAGUAGAAAAAAAUAGUUAUGCUAUCAAUGUAAAAAUGUUACACAGUUAACAAUCUCUGGCCUAGCGAUGACUGUGUUCCAUGGAAUGAGACUGAUUCCAAGCACAGCAAUGUGCCAGAGGAAAAACUCCAAUUAAUUUUGAUGGGCUUUGGAGCAGUCCUGCAAUUAUUAACUGGAGUACAGGUUUUAGUUAUUCAUAGGUAUUAAACUGUAUUGCCAGCUGGUGUAGUCUCUGUGCCAGGUGCAACUCUCAGAGGGGAGAUGCACUUAAUAGGGUGAAAGUCCAGCCUUAGCAAAAGUUUUCUUUGACAUUGUUGAACUUUCAGCAGCAAAUUCAAGGACUAAAUCUGAUCCAAUGAAUUAAUUCAUGUCUGAGUGCAAAAUUUGACUUUCUGGCUUUAUGAACCCUUUUCUCUUUUUAUACUGGGAGAAAUUAGCCAUACUGUCUCAAAUUACUCUCUCAUUGGAAAUUAAACCCCUUUUGAUUGUGAACUGAUUAUUUCCAUUGUUGUAGUUGCAGAAUGGGGUUAGGGAAUGACAAAGAAACAAGGAAAAGCCCCUUUGUUACUGCUCAGAGACUCAUCUGUGGGCCAAAGCUGUCUUUGCUUUUGUCAUUUCUAACAUCACCUGGGGAGUGGAAUUCCCUCUGUAGGUGGUGCAGGGCAUUCCUGAAGUGUGGGUACCCAGCUCUUGGGAUGGCAGCACAGGCACCACCAGGGGAUGAUCCCAAAGCUCAGUGCACAUUCACAGCUGAGCCUGCACUCUGCUUUUCUGGGACACAUCCCUUCUGAAGGAGAGGAAGUUCUUGGGCGUUCACCUGAGGCAAAGCCUUCCUUACCCACCCAACAGAAUGAUUACCCAAAUACUUCCUUAGUCACCCAGCAGAAUGAUUACAAGAAAAUUCUUUGAACUAAAAGAAGUUUUCUCUAGUGGUCUUAAAACAGUGGAGAAUUUGUUACUUAGUUGACAGAGAUUUUAAGAUCUAAGAAAAAUAAUUAUUUUAAAAAUUAUGAAAAAGACUUUGAUCAUUGUUAACUUUCAUAUUUCACUGCAUGGUGGCAGAGUGGAACAAAAUAUCUUCUAUUAAUAUCAAUGGCAGCUAGGCAGGUGAAGGCAGGAGAGAAUAGUGAAAUACUGGUGCAGAAAAUGUUACCAAUAAUUUUGUUUUAAUAUUGGCUGGAAUUUGUCUCUUCCCCUGAAACCACUGCCCCCUGCUCUGUGGAACAGCUGAACGUUACCUUGUUGGAUGGAACAGAUCUGAAGUUUAAUCUGGUUUGUAUUAAUUUCUUUUAUAAUUCUUUCUGCAUAUUUUCAGAUAGGCAAAAAAUACUAAGUACACUAAAGCUAAUGCCCAUACAAGGCAUCACAUGCUGCAUUGUUACAUUAUGCCAGUGUAGCUAGGGAGCAGAUAGCUUGUAUGGCUGGUAUUUCAUACACUCUGUACGAGUGCAAGACACUGAAACUCAGGCAGCAGCCUCAGCUGCAGAAAAAAGCUAAGAAAGAGUCACUCCUGCUGAGCUCCCCUGCCCUGCUCUGUGGCCAGCACAGGCUGGAGUGCUAUAAAUUCAGAGUGGCUUGGACUGCUCACUCCUCCCUUGAUGCCUUUCCCUCCACACAAGUGGUAUUUUGCUCCAUAAACAGCUCUUGCAAAAUGCCAAAGGAACAUUUUUCCAGCUCUCUGCCAUACAAAGGCUCUGUAUUCAUACUCCAGAUCUGUCAUAACAGAAUAAGAGUCCUUCUCUCUUUUCAUCCCCAUGGCCUUAAAACUGCCAACCCAGAUCAAUAUUGUAGUGUAGCAAUGUUCCCAGGCCUCCUAGAAUGCAGAAGACCUAGGAGUUCAGAGCUCAGGAGUCCUGCAAGUUAAAUGUUUGUAAAGGAACCUUCUUUCUAAAAGGUGCAAAGCUCCAUCUGAUGGAAUUUUGAACAGAAAAUUACAUAUUCCAGCUACCUUUCGGAGCAACAUAACUUCCUCAGUGAACUACUACUGGUCAGUACUAUAUCACCGCUUUCAUUUUUGAAUUAUGCUUCUAAAAUUCCAGUCUUUUUGAAAUUAAUAUAUGAUGGGAUUUUGAUGAUUGGUCUGUGGGCAAACAGAAUAGAGAAAAUGGAGGCUGUAGUUUAGGCUGUUGACAUCAUCUGUGUUUCUUUAGCAGCCCAAGCUGGGUUAUCACUUACUGUCUGUCCUUGCCUUGAACUAGGAGUUGUUCCAAUAUAAUAGUCCAAAUUAUUAAAAUUUAUUGAAAGACGCACAUGCAGAGCUACUAAAUUCAAGUGUUUUAAAGUCUGAUUCUUACAAAUGUACAAGUACUUCUCUUAAGGGUCUGUCUGUAAAAACACCAUUACCAGUACACAACAUAGAUGGAAAACAAAUUAUAAAAUUAUAUCUGAGUUCCAGAACUCUUAGCGAGCAUUCAUAAGCUUAUAAAGGUGAAAAAUCCAAUUUUAAGAUUUUUUUCACUUUUAGCAACAGUGACUAUCAACUAUUUUAACUAAACUCCAAGAAUAUAGUAUUUUAAAACUAUUAGAAUGAUACUAUUUAGUCACAGACCUAAAAGCACAGAGUAAAAAUGGGUAAGCAGAACUAUCUUUAUUUUCAGAUUGAGAAAUUCAAAGGUUGCAUGACAGGCCCAGGGCUACCUGGGAAGCAUGUCCUUUCGAAAAAUUACCCAAAAAGAUAUCCAAAUUUUAGUUUUACAUUUCUUCUGGUGUAAGUCCUUUUUACAGCUGUGCUUAGGUAAAUGGGAACUAAAUUAUCACUUUAGGUUUUAAAAAUAAUCAAGCUAAGAAAUAAAUAUGGCUUAAAAGAGUGGUAUGUAUUAAUCAUGUGAGUGAUAGCAAUGAGGAACUGUGCUUUUCCUGUAUCUUUCUCAUUAAAUUAAAAAAUUCAUGUUGUGAUCAGCAUUUUCAGGUCAAACUGAAAUUUCUCUACCAUAGAAUCAUAAAACUGUAGAAUCAUUUAGGUUGGAAAGGACCUUUAAAAUCAUCGAGUCCAACUUUUAACCCAUCCAUAAUACUCAAACCUUGUAGCUUUGUUAGAAAUUCCCAGAAUACCAACACUUUAUUAAUUGCACAGGCAGGAAACAGUAAAGUUACUUGAAAGUGGCUGUUAUGAUUUUGUGACUGUACAUAGAUCUUGCAAAAUGUUAUUGGUAAUAUGCAUCCUGUAGCCCACAUAAACACUGCGAGAAUAGCAUGGUCAUUGUUACGCUUUAUAGCUGUUGUGGAAAAUGUCUUAACCUGCAUUCAUGAUGAUAGCGCCCAUCCUACUCCCAUGCCUUUUUAUACAGUUGUGGUAAGAUUGUUAUGAAAUCCUUUUGUCAGUCAUGUUCCAGCUAACUUACCUAUGUAUAGAAUUUAUAUAUUAAACCCCCCUAAUUUAUACUGUGUUUUAACAGUUUGCCUGAACUGUCUAUGGUUUCUAAAUUUUGUAAUGUGAGUGUCAAAUAAGAAUAAUAAUUAAAAAAAAA